AGGAUCUUUGCUGUAAAAUGUUUCCUUAAAGCAGCAGCAGGAGGCUGAACCCACUCUGGUCUGAUAAAGACGUUAAAGGAGGAAAUAAGUUCAGUCUGCAGCCGCCGACAUGGACCUCAGAGCUCUGACGCUGUUUGUGGGUUUGUGCAGCUCAGGUCCGAGUCCCUGUUCUGGCAGACUGGAGCAGCAGCGUCAGUCGGACUGGGAACCAGUGAGGGACCAGAACCUGGACUGGAACCUGACGGCAGCAGAUCAGGUCUGCAGGAGGAUCAGCUGUGGUUCUGUGGUUUCACUCAGGAGAACUCUGGACCAGGAACCUCCACAAGACUUGGUCACCAGAGAUGAGUCCAGAGCUGAAGGAACUCCAGAACGGCCCCCCUUCAGAGUGGAGAUCACCUGCUCAGACUCUGUGAGGCUGGUGGGCGGGACUCAUCGGUGUUCAGGUAGACUGCAGGUGAAGAGGAACCAGGUGUGGUCCUCAGUGUGUUCAGAUGGAUUUGACCUGCAGGAUGCUGAGGUGGUCUGCAGGGAGCUGGGCUGUGGUUCUCCUUCAGGGUUUAAGGAGGAACUCUAUGGAGAAGCUCCAGAGUGGAUCCCAGAGUUCCGGUGUGGAGGCCAUGAGUCUGCUCUGCUGCACUGUGAGCGCUCAGAUAGAGACACCUGCUCACCUGGAACCACCGUCACACUCACCUGCUCAGCUCCAGACCAAGUGAGGCUGGUGGGAAACAGAAGCACCUGUGCAGGUGAGCUGCAGAUGAAGGUCCAUGAAGACUGGAGGCCCGCGGUGGACGAGGACUGGUACUGGAGUCAGAAGUGGACAUCAGCAGCAGCAUCAGCAGUGUGUUCUCAGCUCAGAUGUGGUUCUAUCGUGACUACAGAUUUAGAGAGAAUCGGAUCAAAGAGACCCGUGUGGCGUAUCGAGUCCUCCUGCUUCCAGUCGACUGUUUCCCUUCAGGACUGUCUGUUUCUGAGCGAUGAGGCCAGAGACUCCUAUAGUCUGCAGGUGAUCUGUUCAGAUCUGCUGGUUCAACCAAACAUCUCCGUGUCUUCGUCCCGUCUUGAAGUCCAGCAGCAGAAGGUUAAGGUCCUCUUGGGCUCCAACUUCAGCAUCAUCUGCUCCACCAGGCCUCAGUAUCCAGGAGGUUCCUUCCAGCUCGUCUUCAACUCCUCCAGCUCAACGCUCAACUACGUCCUUCCAGCCGUCACACAUUCGGCCGUUUUCCUGUUUCCUGCAGCAGAAGGCCUCCACAGAGGGACGUACACCUGUAUUUACCACCUCUACGUCUUCUCCCAUAACUUCUCCUCCACCAGCCGGCCCAUCUAUCUCAUCCCCUCAGCUCUGUAGAAACCAGAAGCAGAAAUGAAGAAACAAACGUCGUCGCUGAGCUCCAGUGAUCCACGAUUUACCAAGAAAAAUCCAGAAAAUGAUCUGUCUGCUUUUGUCCAUGAAAUAAACUUUCAUCCAGAAGUGAAACAACAACAACUUCUACAGAAAACAACAAUAUUUCAGCUGAUUUAAAUCCAGGAAAAAAUACAGUCAGGUUGGAAAAAUACUGAUUUUUAAUGUGGACGUUAUUCACAGUUUUGGCUUUUUAUUGGAUCCAAGGGUAGUAGCAUGCAUUGGGUUUAAGAAUUACACAUCGUUUUUAGGACAAACCAAGGGUGACAUAUAAUAAACAAAACAAAAUGGGGAGAUAAUAAACUGACCAGUAGCAGCAAACAGUAUGAGGUAUUCACAGUGUCGAAAAAGUGUCAUCCAGGACAACUGAGCUAUGCAGUGCAGUGAAGUAUGAGCAUGUACAGUAGUUACAGGGGGGUCAGUGCUGUGAUGUACUGUGGCCUCCGCUGCUGUUUAAGAGUCUGAUGGCGGUGGGCACAAAGGAGCGCCUGAAGCGCUCAGUUCUGCUUCUGGGUGGGAUGAUGCGCUGGCUGAACGAGCUGCCCAUGUCACACAGCUCUCAGGAUCCCAUUCCAGCUCCUGUCCUGGUUUUCCUUCCUGUCUCUCUCUCUCUCCCGGCCGCUCGCCUGCUGGAUGACAGCUGAGUGCUGCAUGGGCGCUUAAAAGCCCUCUGCUCCCCUCAGUUGGCGUGGGAGCAUUGUAUGUCUGGACCGACCCACAUGCCGUUUCCCCUCAAUCCGUUCUGGAUCCCGUUAGCUCUGGACUUUUCUGUGGAUUUCUCCCUUCUGGACUCUAUUGUGCCUUUGGUUGUUUUUUGGACUCUUCUCAGUUGCCUGCUCUCUUAGGAGACAACUUUCCAGCGUGUGAGUAACUCUCAGUUCACCUGUAUUAAUAAGCGGUUUGUUUUCGGAGAGUGGAAUUGUUUUGCCUUGCCUCUGUUCCUGUUCUUAGUUAUCUGGUGGAUGUGAUUUUGGAUUUUGGUUUAAUAAACCCCUUUUCGCCUUUAA